AUGCGUACAACAAGAAAACGUCAAAAGAAACCUAAACAAAUUAUUAAUUCAUCUCCAGUUGUAAAAAAAUCUAGAAGAACCAGAGCAAAGGUUUAUACAAUAACUCCAGUUUCAAAUACACACAAUAUUCGUCAAACCGAAGGAUUAACAUUAAAAGCAUAUGUUGGUGACGGCAGCAUUUUACUAGUUUAUAACUUAGAUUCGACACUAACUAGGAAUUUAGCUGGAUUUGCUAUACAAUGCACUCCUUCCAGUGGUCAACCAUACAUAAUACAAAAUCGUAUUAAUUUUCGAACUAAUUACACAUCUCAUACAACCGCAGUUCAACGAGUAUGGACACCAUCAACAAUAGCUCCAAUUCAAAAGUUUAGUUGGCUCGACAUAUUAAAAUCAAUUGAUCCAGUAUCAUACUCUUAUCAAGUAACUGCUUUAUAUUUCGUUGAUGAAAACACAUCAGACGUUAAGCCCGGUGCGAAAGCAGUCGUAACUGUUCAAAAAAAUAGUUUAUCAUUUGAAAAUUUAAAAAUUGGUUUUACUCGUGGAUAUUUAUCAUCACAAGCAUACAGUGAAAAUUUUCAUAAUGCUCCGAUUCAACCAAGUGGCCCAAAAACAGUUGGCUAUGAUACGACACCAUACGAAAAACAGUAUGAAUGGUUGGGUUAUCAUGCUCGAGAAUUAAUAUUUAAUUUUUUAGAUGAAUGUAUUGCUGAUAAAUCUAUAACAGUAGAUGUGUUUGCAUUCGAUCUAGAUGAACCUGAUAUUAUUCGUCGAUUUGUUAAAUUAGGAUCUCGUUUAAGAUUAUUUUUAGACAAUGCUUCGUUACAUGUUGGCCCACAUGCGAUAGAACCACAAGUUCAAGCGCUUAUUAAGAAAUCAGCCGGUAGCAAUAAUGUUCAAAGCGGACACUUCAAACGUUUUGCUCAUAAUAAAGUUAUUAUACAAAAACAAAAUGAUAAACCAAUUAAAGUGCUUACGGGCUCAACAAAUUUCUCCAUAAGAGGUUUAUAUGUUCAAUCAAAUAAUGUACUUGUAUUCAAUGAUUCGGUUGUAGCUGACCUUUAUGAACAAGCAUUUCAAGAAGCAUUUAUAAAUAUGAAUAAAUUUUCAUCGUCCCAAAUUGCAUCUAGAUGGUUCGAUGUCAAUAAUGAGAAAGGUUUACCAUCACUUUCCGUUGCAUUUUCUCCACAUUCAACUUAUCAUGUAUCCUUAGAUAAAGUAGCAGCUGCCGUUGAAAAUGCUAAAAGUUCUGUUCUAUUUGCAAUUAUGCAAUUAUCUGGUACAGGACCUGUAAUGGACGCAAUAAAAAAUCUUCACCAGCGAAAAACUAUUUUUACUUAUGGUGUUACACAAUCCGAAGGUGGAGAUGUUAAUGUAUUUCCGCCAGGUAGUUCAAAUGG